GGCAGGGCACAACACAACCGCGCGGCAGCUCUGACUCCGGUGGUUUUCCCGAGAGCUGCCGGUUUUAAACGCGUUUCAGCACCAACAAAGCAAGGGCAAAGCCCAAGCCCACCACCAAGUCUCCGACCACUAAACUUGCAAAAAAAAAAAAAGAAACACAAAAAAAAUGUCAAUCCAAGCUAAUCCCCUCAUCAAAACCCUAGCCUUGUCGCCUCGUCGGCGGAUGGCGCCGCCGGCGCCGGCGACGGCGCGGCGCCCGAUGGCGGCCGUCCGCUGCUCCGCGGCGAAGAGGAGCUACAACGUCACGCUCCUCCCCGGUGACGGCAUCGGCCCGGAGGUGGUCGCCGUCGCCAAGGACGUCCUCUCCCUCGCCGGCGCUCUCGAAGGCGUCGAGUUCCGCUUCCAGGAGAAGCUGAUGGGCGGCGCGGCGGUGGAUGCGUACGGCGUGCCGCUCCCGGAGGAGACGCUCGCGGCGGCGCAGGCGUCGGACGCCGUCCUCCUCGGCGCCAUAGGAGGGUAUAAGUGGGAUAACAAUGAGAAGCACCUCAAGCCAGAGACUGGGUUGCUCCAGAUACGCGCUGGGCUUGGCGUCUUUGCUAAUCUGAGGCCAGCUGCAGUGUUGCCUCAGUUAGUAGAUGCAUCUACUUUGAAAAAAGAAGUAGCUGAAGGAGUCGACAUCAUGGUUGUUAGAGAGCUUACAGGAGGAAUAUACUUCGGCCAACCUAGGGGUUUUGGAAAGAACGACAAAGGAGAAGACACUGGCUUCAACACUGAAGUAUAUUCAGCUUCUGAGAUUGAUCGAAUCACACGUGUUGCAUUUGAGGUUGCUCGCAAGAGGCGCGGGAAGCUUUGCUCAGUAGACAAAGCGAAUGUGCUUGAGGCAUCUAUGCUUUGGAGAAAACGGGUGACUUCAUUAGCUUCUGAAUUCCCUGACAUUGAGCUGUCGCACAUGUAUGUUGAUAAUGCAGCAAUGCAGCUUAUUAGGAAUCCUAAGCAGUUUGACACAAUUGUCACAAACAAUAUUUUUGGUGACAUAUUGUCUGAUGAAGCAUCAAUGCUUACUGGAAGCAUUGGAAUGCUCCCAUCUGCCAGUGUUGGUGAAUCGGGACCAGGUCUUUUUGAGCCUAUUCAUGGUUCUGCGCCCGACAUUGCUGGGCAGGAUAAGGCAAACCCAUUAGCUACAAUUCUUAGUGCUGCCAUGCUAUUGCGGUAUGGCCUUGGAGAAGAAAAUGCUGCAAAGAGAGUUGAAGCCGCAGUUACAGAGACACUAAACAACGGGUUCCGAACUGGGGACAUAUAUUCUCCUGGAACGACCUUGGUCGGAUGCAAGCGAAUGGGAGAGGAAGUCCUGAAGACUGUAGAGUCGCAGAGCGCGGUUGCUCUAAACUCGUAGCUCUCAGUAUUUCAGCUGUAGCCCUGUGAUUGUGAUGGUCGAAAGCACAUCAGAGAUUGAGGCCGCCAAAGAAUCACAUUGAUGCUGGACUUCCUGAUGUUUUUUGCCUGUCCUUGUGUCAUUCUGUAACUUAGCGCAUGAGUUGCCUCUUUCCCCUUUUCUCUUGUACCUUGAAUUUUUUCUGUGGUGAUGGUUGACUUAACUGUCUAGGCCAACAAUAAUAAAAUGGGGUUGGUUCCAUAUACCUAGCUGAACAAGAGGUUGGUUGUGUAACGUACUAACGUUGGUUGAGUAUAUAUACUACCCCCAUCUCCUGUUCAUGUUGCUGUA